CAUCAACAUCCUCGCCGAGCGCGCCCUCAACAGCGUCGAGCAGGGCCUCCUCCAAGCGCCCCCGGCCUCGCUCGGCUUCAAGCAGAGCAAGAAGCACGACGGCGGCGGCGACGACGACGACGACGACAGCCUCUCGGUAGCCGAGCGCCACCGGCACGAGGUCGAGAACGGCACGCACCAGCUCGAGACGCUGCUGUGCGCCUCGAUCGACCGCAACUUUGACAAGUUCGAGCUCUACGUCCUGCGCAACAUCCUCUGCGUGCGGCCCCAGGACCGCGACUGGAUCCGCCUGGGACACUACGAGGGCCUCGACCUCGCGAGCCCGCAGCGCGCCGACGCGCCGACGGAGCAGUCCGUCGCCGCGCUGCGCCGCCGCCUGCAGGCGAGCCAGCAGCUCAACUGCAUGCUGCACGCGGAGCGGGCGCGCAACGGCGCGCUCCUGGGCGAGCUGAGGGCGCUGGCGGGCGGCAGGCCGCAGAGGGCGGUGAAGCGCGAGGAGACGGCCUCGACCGCCGCCGCCGAGGGCGGUUCAGACGACGUGCACAAAGAUGCGGCGCCCCUGGCGUUCCUGGGAGAUAGGGGAGACCUGACCGAGGGCGACGCGGAGAAGCCGCUGGCGACGACGACGGCGUUCACGCUCUCGCAGCUGCAGGCGCUGAGGGCGCUGUCGACGAGCCUGAGGAAUCUGCGGCCGGAUCUCAUGCCCAGCGAACAGGACCCGGCAGACGCAGACGGGAAGAAAGGGUGGCGCAGGGAGCGGCUGGAGUAUGUCGAGGGGGCGACAAAGAGGCACCUGGAAAAUGUCAGGGGACUGGAGCUGGGUAAGAACGGCGAGGUCCGGGAUGGCGACUGGCAGGGCGAGGGCAGGCAGUUAGGCAAGGGCGAAGUCGAGGGCAUGGAGAAGGUUGUGUCGAUGCUCGGCGGCGAGAGGCAAAGUUCAGGAGAGCAAAUGGAUGAAUCGUAA